CGGAAUGAACAAAGAAUGUUGUUGAUUAGAUAGUCCGCUCUCAUUCUAUCAACAUUUGGCUUAUUGUAAACAAGCCACUAAAGUUAAAUCUAUUUCCGAAAUCCGAACGAAUAGGGAACAUCGCAACGCCGUAAGUACAUUUGAUUUGACUUCUUCUGAUUUUUUCAGGUAGAAAAAUUAACGUCCCUUUUCAAGAAGAUUCCACGAUGCAAGUUAACCUUUCAUGGUCCUUGACCGGCAAAGGAAGCAGGUUGCGUUAACAAAAACAUCGACCGGACAGAUCUUUUUUCCGGGUCUGAUUUUGAUAUUCACUGAACCCAGGGUAACCGUGCAAUAAUUGUCAAUAAGCCUGGUCUUUGAAUGUAAAAUAAUCAUAACGUUCAUUGAGAUCAGGCUGUGACUUAAAGGUAUAUCAGAAUGAACUAAUAUAAUCAUUUCAAACAAAAUUAUUUUGUUUUGAAGAAAAUCUAGUCUCAACAGGUGCGAUCAUCACAACACAGCACUUUGCUUUCAUUAAAAACUCAUUUGGUUACAAUCAAACAACUUCAGUAUCAGUUCUUAUGCCAAAUGAGGGAACUGCUUCAAAUACUAAUUAUUUAUCUGUAUGCGAAUGAAACACCAUUUUUGCUCUUCCAGUAUUUUUAACCUAUUCCAACUAAACACAUAUAACAGAUUUUUUGGUAGUCGUACAUGAACUGUAUGGGUUUUUAAGAUAUUUAGAAUCCCUGUUUAAUGCGAGAAAAAUAUCAAUUGUUGUUACGAAUCCUGUUAUUAACUUGCUGCAGAUCGCAAAACCGCUUUGAAAAUUUUUAUGUGAAGUAUUCAACGCAAAUUGAGUUCGCGGCUCCGAUGAAGAAAUUGGAAGUGAUUGAGGACUUGGCUUUUUUAUCGUCUCAUUGACGGAUCAAACAUUCCUUUCGAUAUAUUUUCAAUAUGAUCUUACCUAAACUGGAAAAAAAAUCAAUUUCAGUUCAAGUCAGGACCAUUUGGUGAACAACAAAAUCCGUUUUAAAUUUCUUUGAUGGAUUUUUCGUAUGAAGUCUUUACAUCUGAAGAUAAACCUGCUGGAAAAUUUCUCCUUUUUCAUUUCGUGGCUUUAAAACCUUGUCAGGAGCAUUCGUGAUGGAAAGCUCAUUCAUUCUGCUAAUAAAAAAGAUCACAAUUUAGUUUUAGUAUAAAACUAAGAAUAAACGUGUAGAGGUGGGUUGUCAGGUACCGGUUAAACUCUCCAUCGAUUCCUGAAGCUUUCUGGUUUGUCAAAGCACCGUGGUGCUUGUGGAUCGAUUGUUCACAUUUGUUCCACAAAAAGGUAUCAUUUAACGGUAACGCCUGAACAAGGACCAGAGGUCAUAUCUAACAUUUCUGAUGAUGAAAAUCUCUCUGCAUCGUAAGCCAACUUAUGCCUGAAGUUCUCCUUUUGUUUCCUACAGCAAUCUUCAAGCAAUGAGGGGCGAGAAGUUCUACGUAUGCUGUGCAUUACUUUUGUUGGGUUACAUUGCUUCUCCAAGCAGUGCGGCAUUAAGUAAGUGAGCUUGAUUUGGAGACAUAGAGGAAAAAUAAAUCGAUUGCAAGAAAUCAAAAGUAACUCUUACGAGCAACUAAGGGUCCUGUGACCGUGAAACAGCAAUUUUCUCACACAACGCACAAGAAAGAUUUUGUUUUCCGAACAAUUACUUGUUACAAUUUCAAUUUCUAGAUAACAAACGAAGUCUUAACAGUCUGGCGUUUCAAUUGUCUUUAAAGAAGAUAUGUCGAAUAAACUAAUGAGUCAUAAUGGACCGUUAAAAUAGCUCUUCAAACUAGUUUUCAAAUCUAAUUAACUACAUGCAACAAACAUUGGAAAAUUAUCUGGACUGAUAUCUAAUAGUUAAACCGCUGACCUUGCUGUUACGGGGCUUGGGAGUAUAAUAGAAAUAAUAUCGAAAUUGAGAAUUCAAGAGGAGAGUUGGACAAAAGUUGUCAACCUCAAAACCAACUCGUAUAAUUAAACAAUAUACUCUGUUCUUCGGAAUGUAUUUCAAAAAUAACCAAACGAACAAAAAUGAGAAAUGUAGAAAGCUUCAAAAGGUCAGCUGUAAAAACUUUGAAGCCAGAAUAUUCCAUCGCUGCGUCAAAUUGAUGAUUGCAGACAAUAAUUUCAAAUCAUAAUCUCUUGUUAAAAACCUAGCGAUAGUAGCGAUUUGAAAACACAAAAUCAAAUAAUUUAUUUAGUUCAGCAAAUUUAGUGUCACAUGCAUGUACAUGAAUCAUAUGCCCCUCAGUUGAACGCAUUGCGUCGUAGAGUUAAAAAUGUAAUUAGAACAACCUUGACAAAGGAAUGUUCAGGCUAAGAUAUGAAAUACUCGCCUUGGCCGGGAAACAACAUCUUGCCAUAUUAGGUUAGUUACUCUGGAUCCAACCUAUCAUAACUGUAGUGAAAUAGAUCAGGAAAAUAAUGUACUUCUUACGUUAAAAGUUCCGCUAUGAUGUAGAAUCCUUGGGUGUUACUAAUAUGAAAUAUAUAUGUUUGAAAAUAUAGCCCCAGCACCGACAACGAAGCCCGGAAGUACAGGCAAACCCACUGGAUCCCCAACGCCACCCAAGCCACCCCCACAGGAUCCUAACACGCUGCAGUGUAAGUCGACUGAAUUACAGUCAAGAUUAACAUGUUCGUUAUGUUAUGUGCAUUCCAAACUUCCAGAUAACCACUCUAAUACCCUGUAAGGUCUCUGAAAAUCUUGAUUUUAAAUUUCUUCCGAGGAAACAGCCCAUAAACAUGUUCGUUUCCCAGUCUGUGUUUGUUUUUGAAUUUAUAUUUAAGCGUAAUUUUUGGAAGUAAAAAAUGGAAAGGGUAGUCUAAAAUCUGAGGCACUGACUUCCCUCACCGGGAAUGAUUUUAAUGGUGCAUGUCUGUAAGUUUUCUAAAUUGUAAGGGUUUUGACCCCUAUCACGCAAUUCAUGCAUCAAGUCAAAUUUACAAUGUUUGGUCUCAAAAUUUUCCUCCUCGUUGUAGGCACCGUAUUUAACCUGACACUGAAGCUGACAAACGCAACUUAUGAUGAAAGUUUAGCUUCUCCACAUUCGCCUCAGUUCAUCAAACUUAGAACAGAUUUCGAAGUUGGAGUAAGUAUUGAAGCAAAGCGAAAUGCCAUGUUUUGUAGACAUGAAAUUUGGUGCGAUAUCUCGUUGAAAAUUUAUACUUGCUAAUGAAUAUUUUUUUUUAACUUAUUAGGUUUUACAAGUUUAUGAUGGAUAUAAGCCUUUCCUUGGUGUAACAACUUUGUUAUUCAGGUAGCUAUGCCUCACAUUGUGCUCUAAUUUUCAAUGAGUUCUAAAAUAAGAGUGAUCCGGGAUAACACAGGAUUUGCUUGAUUAUGCUCUUUUAUUGGUUUGGAAAGAGCGCACCACCUUUUCGACCAAUCAAAUUAAAAAGUAAAAACCAAUAUGUCACUCAACCCCGUGCUUGAAGAGGUUGUCUGUGUUUAUUUAGAGUUUCCAACGGCUUCCUUGAUGAUUUCCGCUAUUAAUACGUGUAUAGCACACAAAGAAAUUUAGUAACAUCACCUUUCUUAUCCCUAUAAAAGCAUUUUUAACAUAACCUUUACCUUAUUUACGAUGAAAAAACUAGUUACCACGACAUAAAGUAAGGUAUGUUUUAGUUCAGUGAGAGAUGCUUACUUCCAGUUAAAUUAAAAGCAACCAGAAUUUCCCCAUAUAAUACUAAUAUAACAAUAUAAUAAUAAUAUAAUAAUAUAAUAACUCUGCCGUGAAUAUUUCGUCUUCUAUGUAAAAUCAUGAUAACCAUGAGCAACGUUAGCUAAUUUUCGCCUAAUAUUCUCUAAAACAGCAAAGCCCCAGAUGGCAAGACCAUUGUACACUUUGUGGUCGAGUUCAAAGACAACGGGACUCAUCUUCCAAACCUGACUAAAGCCAUAACCGCCGGCAAGCUUGGAAAGCUGACUCCAGUUUCUGUCGCUCCAAAACUUGGUCAGGCAGGUGAGUCAUGACACAAUUAUCCGUUCUUUCUUAUUGCGACUGCCUCAGAUAUGGACAGUUUAUCAUAGAGUAGUAAGCAAAACAAACCAUUAUUGAAAUUUUUUACUUGUGUGGUCUUUCGACCAAAAAUUGUCUUUGUCUGAGAUAUGUAUUGCUAUAAUUCUGCCGGGGAAAAUAUCAUAAAAUUUUCGUAGUAUACUUGGGUAAAAUUCUAACCUCGCGCUUCCUUACAAAGUUUGAAUGUUCUACUUGGUGAUACGAAAUAUUCUCUUCUUUAAUAACUUCUAUGACGGCUGUUGAAAAUACGUAUUUAACAUUUAUGAUUUUUCAUUCAAUAUUUAGCAUGUUACAAGGAAAUACCCCCUGCGAUCUGCCAAAUUCCAUGCCCAUCGGCCUGUGCUCCUUCUUGCUACUCCAGCUGCUGCCAGCAGUACCAACAGCCCUACUACUAUCCUCAGGCUCCUCCUCCUCCUCCUCCUCCCAUGCCGGUCACGUGCCCAAACAACUGCCCCAGUACAUGCGCACCUACCGGGUGUACUCCUGCCUGUUGCAACACAGUGUAUAACCAGCCUUCUUAUUCUUACGGCAAACGUCACCACGCCCCAAGACCAGUUAAAGGAACUAAGAAACACCACAUCUUUCGUAAACACCGCAAGCAUCACUAAAGAACGUGUGAAAUGAAAAGAACAGAAGGAGAGAGGAACGUUGGAGUUUUGUUUUUUUGUUUACUUUCACAUGCUCAUCUCGGUUCGACGCCUUUUCUGUGUUGCGCAAGGUAUCUCUAAUGCUCUCAUAAAAACAAAAGUUCAUUUUAAAGUACAUUUACCAUCAACAGCGAUCAACGAGAGCUAAAGAUUCGGAACGUACGAAAUCCUACGCUCUAAAACGCCCGUGAGGCACUUCAAAAAGAAUGUGAAAAUAAAGAUAAAGAUUGAAUUCUUGAAUAGUUGUCAGCAGAAAUGAUUUGAGUUUGAUUUCAGCGAAAUAGGACAUUUUAUUUACUUAUGGACCGGACAUUUACAGAAACCUAAUUCAAUGAAUUAUCAUCACAAAAAAGGCUUUGUUAUUCCAAGGCCCAGAGGGACAGUUUAAGGCCCAGAAGGACAGUUUAGCUUACUUUUAUUUUAUUGGGGCGUGAUAUUUUAAAUUGUAUCAUUUGUUUGUUUGUCGGUGAAAUGGAAAGUAGUUAAGUUUUCGCUUAUCGUAAGCAUUGUAAAUAAGGCACAGUGACGUCACGACUGAAAAUAAACAAUUCC